AUGGCCAACAUUGCUUGGUCUUUUGCUACAGUGGCUCCAGAAGAUCAAAUCGUCGAAGCGAUCCUGCAAAUGUCAAAGGAAAGGCUCCGAGCGAGCCCACGCAGGAGUGGAGUGGUGAACGUGCUUGGUUUGGUCGAGGCCUUCCACACAGCUGGCAAACUUGAGGAAUCGUUUGUGAAAACCGCCUUGGAUGCGCUUCUAAUACAAGCAGAUGAAAACGACGAGGCGUCCAAGGCCGAGAGUCCCGAGCCACCGGCAAAGUUGCUGACAACCUACUCCCAGUUGCGUCGCUUCUGCAUCUCAGAGCCUCGUGUUCUAGCUUGGCGACCAGAGCUCUAUGCCCUUUGGAAACCACCUGGUUGGGACACCAGUGUCCAUUCGAGGUUGGAAAAGCGAUCGACACUGAGAAGCUGGCUGCAGGAUAACUUCAGGCAGUAUCCAAUCGUCCACGAUGAGAGUGUGAGCUGCGGACUUGUUCAUCGGCUUGACUUCAACACUUCUGGAGUUUUGCUUUGGGCACCAUGCUACCGGGGGUUGUAUGAAGCACGUCUUCAGUUUGCAGCCAGAAAGGUUUGCAAAGAGUACAUGUGCUUGGUGGAAGGUGCUUGGGAUUCAGGUCCACCAUUUUUCAUCCAGGAGCCCAUAGCGACCAGAAGUAUGUUUGGCUCGUCCAGAAGUUUCACAUCCCCUACCGGGCGCUUCGCUUUGACCGAGGUGGUUGACUUUGUCACGCUACUGGAUCCACAGGAAAAGCUCUUGAGCUUAAUGAAGGUGUUGCGAUCAAUUUCAUUGACGGUGGUGGAAAGAAACCAGGUGCGCCUGCACACAGGACGCACACACCAGAUUCGAUGCCACAUGAGCCACAAGGGGCAUCCGCUUGUUGGAGACAAUGUCUAUGGCGGUAUGACACCUUCGUGGUGUGGAAGGCAGUGGCUGCAUGCUUCGGCACUGAGCUUGCAGAUGCAAUCCGGAACCCUGGAGCUUCAGGUCCCUGUCGCAGAAGAUCUUCGCAAGGCUUUGAGAAGGUUGAGGCCGACGGAUGUCAUCAAUGCCUUGAGGUUGAGAGAGUGGAUGCCACCGUGA